GAGAUUCCAAGAGCUCCACUUUCUUGUGGUCCAGCAUGGCAGCGCUGUGUGAGGGAUACACGUUGUGCGGACUUGUUCCAGCUCCGAAUCAGCUAAGCUCUGAGAUUCGGGGGAUCGAGGAGGAGAGGGACUGCGACCAUGUGAUCGUCACUAAAUCCGCCAGAUCCGUGACUUUAUACAAGGUGUCAGACCAGAAGCCCUUGGGCAGCUGGACGGUGAAACAAGGACAAACACUGACCUGUCCAGCGGUGUUCAACAAGCAUACCAAUGAGUAUGUGGCAGUCUCAGACAACAAGGUGAUAAGAAUUUGGAAAGAAGACGACGUCAUUUUAGACAAGACCUUCAAGGCAACAGUGUCAGCAGAUGUCUGGAAGGUGCAUUGUGCACUCGUUGGGGGUCCGGCCGUCUUGUUUCAAAGAGGAGCAGUGAGACUGCUGGACUCUCUGCUCUCUGCUCCCCAGCAGCCUGUAGAGGAGGUCCUUGUUAAGGAGGAAGCAAUCAGGUGGAGCACCAGCAUAGUGGCAGAAACACAACAGCUGAUCAUCUUUACAACUGAACUGAAAGGAGAUCAUUUCCUCUACCUGCAGAGACUUAACCCCAACUCUGUACAGAGGUAUCGGCUAGAGCCAGAGGAGCCUGGCCUCUCCCCGCUCAGCUUCUGGGCCUCCUACAGGGAUAAAAACAUCUGCCUGCUUUAUCUCUACCCUAAUGGACAUGUGUACCAGAGUUUGGUGUCUGUUCGGGGUCCAGCAGUCGAUGAAGGAUCUCAGGUUGUUCCGCUGCCUCGGGAUCAGCUACUGAGUCUCCCUGUGGGCGAGGAGCUGCUGGAAGCGGCAUCGGCCAUCUUCCUGGAUGACGCCCACGUAGCUGUGGUCGGGGUUCCACACCCUUCUGCUGGACCUGGAAAAGACUUUCUCUGCAUCUGGAAUACAAAUUUUCAGACUCUCCAGGCUGCAAAAGAGAUGGCGGGUAAACUCUACGGACAGCUUUGGAGUUAUUCAAGCAAGUUGUUUAUUCCACAUGGAAAAGCCCUCUCUGUUAUACCAUUUGCAUGCCCAAGAUCCUCCCUCGCCUCUGCUCUGGGAAAACUAAAGCAGGUCAAGAUUGAGGAGACCAAGCCUCCGACUUUGGUGCCAUCUUGGAAUACCAUUUUACAUGGAGAAAAAGCUGAGCCUCCUAAACCAGUGGAGACCAGGAAGACAAGAACAACCCGUAAGACGCAAUUAUCCACUAGUUUAACAAUUGAUCAAGUACAAGACCUAAUUAAGACAGCACCAGCAGAAGGGGUCCAAAAAGAGGUUGAGAGGCUGCUGUCCAGGCAAGACCUGCAGGACCUGCAGCUUUCCUUGGGACAGCUAGCAUUAACUGUCGUGUCCCGGAGCCUGGCUGAUCCAGCGUUUUACUCUUCCAGCACUCUAACACAACUUGUGCACACACAGUGCCUCUCCCACAGUGUCUGUCCUGACCUCUUGCCUCUGGCACUUGAGAAGAAGGAUUAUUUUCUCUGCCAGCUCUGCUUACAGUUCUUCCCUGACAUCCCAGAAGCUAUGACCUGCGCCUGCCUCAAGGCAUUCAUCAGUUUACCAGAUGCUGAUGCAGAGAAGUUGAGCCUGGAGCCCGACAGUGUCUCUUUUAUGGAAAUGCUGAUCUCAAAUGAGCAUGCUCAGACUGGCUUACAGAACGGUUUUAGCCCUACGUCCUGUGAGGAAGACCGCACAGACACCAUUGAUGGCCCACAGACUAAAGCAAAAGAAAGGGAAAAUGCUUCACCACAACAGAUCUGUCCACUAGGAUUACAUAAGGCUGCUCUGAUAAAUGAGGUCCUGCAGACGGCAUACAGUGAAGCUUUCCUCCUCCCACAUCUAAAGGACUUCUCCUCUGAUCAUGUUGUUCUUUUCCUUCAAUACUUGGAGUUUCUUUACCUGCGAUAUUCCACAGAUAGUCUUAUACCAACGCACAGCUGCAGAUCACCCAGUUUAAAUCAGAUUAUGGAUUGGGUUUGCAUGCUGUUGGACGCUCAUUUCACAGUGUUAGUAAUGACUCCAGUAGCCAAAGGCUUGCUGUUGAACCUUCAAUGUUUUGUUAGAUCUCAGGUGAGACUGUUUUCUGAGCUCGGAAAAAUCGAAGGCAGCCUCCAAGAGCUUAAUAACACGAAGAUAAAGAAGGACACCGGAGAAUACUCCAUCGAAAUCAUUGAGCUGUACUAGAAGGUGUGCAGAGGUGUUUUGGUCAGUUCCACUUUCCAACUUUUCAGAUCAAGUGUUUGUGGUAGCUGUAUAAGCCACCUUAUAUGCUGCAUAUGCCCUGAAAUAGUUUCUGCCUCAGAUGCCUCCUGUCAUAUAAGUUUAACUGUGAAUAAAAUGUCCAUCUAGCAUAUUCAUUGCUUUAGUUGCAGAUGUCUAAAAAAAUUAUUCUGUAAAUUUAUUUAAGAUGGUUUGAUUGUGACCAUUCCACAGGAUUUGCAUGUUUAAUUCAAAGUCUGCUCAUAGGUCUGAGUGUUAUGGAUAAGUGAUGCUAAAGCCUCACGUUUUUUAUAUAUUAUCAAAACUUUAAUAAUGGCCACAACAUUCAGUGGUUUGGUUUUUUUUUUUUGUUUUAAGUGUCAUAACUGAAAUUUUGUAAAUCUAAUUAAUUGUUACUGUAUUUUACAUAUAAAAACCUUGUAUGUUGGUUAUAAAUAUAUGAGAAAACAGUGA